CGCCUCCUUCCUCCGCCCUCGUUUACCAUUUCCAGCGCUGCGUGUGUAGAGAGAGAGUGAGGGAGAGAGUCUCCGUAGAGAGAGAGAGAGAGAGAGAGAGAGAGAGAGAGAGCUCCUCGCUGAUAUUCAGAAAUUAGGGGCGUGACCUGAGAUCAAAUCGGAACAGAACCUCCGAUCGAAAUCCGCCGGUUCCAUCACCAUGUGGAGAAGACUCGUCUCUUCACAGCUCAAAACCCUAGCCACCUCCCCUGCCCCUCGCCGAUCUGCCCCAGCCACGGCAUCCGCCACUCGGCUUCUCACCAACAGAUAUGUCAUUUCUUCUUCGCCUUCCUCCGCUCCCGCCGCUCGCCACUUCAGUGCACAAUCUGAAUCUGCUGUGAAGAAGAAGGUUGAAGAUGUGAUGCCCAUAGCUACUGGACAUGAGCGGGAGGAGCUUGAGGCAGAGCUUGAGGGGAAGAAUCUUCUUGACAUAGACAAUCCUGAGGGUCCUUUUGGGACAAAGGAAGCUCCUGCGGUUGUUAAGUCCUAUUAUGACAAGAGAAUAGUUGGAUGCCCUGGAGGUGAAGGGGAGGACGAGCACGACGUGGUUUGGUUUUGGCUGGAGAAAGGCAAACCUCACGAAUGCCCUGUCUGCUCACAGUAUUUUGUGCUGGAAGUUGUAGGCCCCGGCGGACCUCCAGAUGGCCACGGUGAUGACGACCACCAUUGAUUUGAUAUUUCGAUUUCUCGGUUGAAAUAAGUCUGGAGGGGAGACGAUGAAACAGUUCUCUGUAUACCAAUGAGCAGUCUGUUAGAAUGAACGGCUUUUUCUGUUUGUUUCAAAUUGAUAUUAGGCUUCUCAGGGCUGUUGCUCUGCAACAUUGGGAUCGUAUCCUUUUGCUUUGGUUUUGGUACUGUAGAUGCUGGAAGGGCGGCAUUGGAGCCUUAAAUCUAGAAGCCCUUCCCAUUCAAUGCACCGGAAUAAUGAUUCUUUCAUCGAACUUCAUCAAUGCAAACGUACAUUUCAUUUUUGUUGGCAA